UUAGUCGAAUAAAGGUUAUGGCCCUUUCAGGAACACUUUCUGGCAAUUGGCAUGGCGUCUGCGUCAAAGAAAUGGGCACGGGACGUCUAUUUCGUCGCUUCCCGGCUAUACUUUCUUCUAAUACUGUUCCAAGUCCCACUUUUCAGAUUUCCAUGUAGAAUUGGUACAUGUACCACACCUAUUGAGGUGUCCCUAUCUCUGUUAUAUGCAAAUGGAAUUAUUCCUGGAGGUUUGGUAAAAGCCCUGCUUUACCCAGGAGCCGUAGUAAAGGCCAUUUAUAAGAACAACACCAUCCCGAGUUAUGACAAGCUUCUGAAAAUCUACAAAUUCACCAACAUGAAGCAAUCUCCUGUAACACAUGACCUCCAAAACCUAGAGGUUAUAGUAGGAAGUUAUUUGUCAGUGGCAGGAGCAUUUUUUGGACUAAUGAAAUCAGGGAGAUUCAGUCUUAUUGGGGUCCUUCUCAUCACAUGGGGGCUUGAGAAGCAAGUCCUUUUUAGGAAUUCCAAAAGUGUAGUCAUAUACCCAACCAUGCUAAUUGCUUUGCUUUCUGCCUUCUUUUCUAUCAGAGCAGAUGUCACAAAGCUGAUUCGCUUCUCCAAACCUAAGGCCUCUCUCAGAAAUGAACAAAAGCAGAGUUAGAUUUGCUAGCUGAUUUCAUCACCUUUUUUUUAUUAACGUUGUCAUAUAUUUAGGUUGCAAUACAUUUUUAUAAGCAUAUUUUUGUUCCCAUGCUCUCAAAUCUCAAUUCCCGUCACCUGGCUUCCAAGAAAUGAGAUGUUACUUGUGGGGUUUCAACAUUAUUGUAGCCUGUAGGAGUGUCAUUGAACAGUUAUUUCACAGUAGGAUAGAAAAACGUCAAAUUUCUUCUUCUUUUA